GCACGGUAACACUCAAUGCCAAGGACACAGCAACAACAAGGGCGCUUCAGCUUCAAAUAUAAAAAGAGCUCAGCAUGGAGGCACAUCUGCAUGAGGAUAAACUGAUGGAUGAAGCCGAGUCUCUGCACGGCAGCAAGAGUGAACUCAGUCUCCUUGACGUGCUGACUGAAACUCUUCAGAGGCUUGGAGCUGUCAGACGAUGCCGAGAUCGUCACGAUGGGACCGUGGGUGGGAGGAGAGGCACGGGAGUAGAAGCAGGUAGCGGAGGAGGAGAGGAAGCGCAGAGAGGCAGUGAAGGAGGGAUGCUCAGUCCUGAAGAGACGAGAGGACUCGCUGACGAGGAGAGCGAGUGCGAGCAGAGGGUUCUGGGACUGUUGAGGGAGCUGAGUGUGUUUCAUUCAGACAGAGUGACAGCAUGGAGAGCAGUUCUCAGGGGAUGCGCCCACAGGUCUCCACCAGGGGGCAGUGAUGAGCAGCAUCCGUCCACAACAGAUACACAAUGUAACGUCACACCUUUAUCAGACUCCUUCGGUGGCACUUUUCUGAGUGUCGGGGAGAAUGUAGAGAACAUUUUAGACCAACUGAACGCAAUCGUAGCCAAACUGGAUGAAGAAAUCCUCGGACCAAGUGCAGAGGAGGCCUCAACUGUGGAUGCAGCCCUCCGGGAGACCAGAGAUCCGGAAGCGCCAGAGCAACCCGGAGACGACGACAAUCGCCUGAACUCCCGUGAGCCCCUCGAAUCCGACUCUGGGCGCAAACAGGCUGACGAAGAUGGAGAUGGAGACGAUCAAAGGCAUACGAUGUCAUCACCAGGCGCUGAACGAGCAUCCGACUCGAGAUUCGGCAGUUCCGCCUGCAACGAUGAGGAAGAAGAGGCAGAGGGAGAAGUACCGGUGAACAGUCGAGGGGGUGAACAUGAGGACUGUGCUUCUCCAGGGAGUGAGACAGACUUCCGCGAGGAGACAGGAAAGGACACAAAUCGGGUGAACAAGGAAUGGAUCACAGUCGGACUCUCUGGUCAACAAGAGGAGAGUUAUUCCGACGUGCAAGACACGUGCUUUAUCAGAGCACCCAAGGGUGCGGCCGGAGCCCUGAUAUGUGAGGUGGCCGACACCCUGAGCUGCCUGAUGGUGACCGGCUCGGAGGAAUUGGUCAGCAGAGUGAUCCGGGUCAACGUUCGGGACGGAGCCAACGUCCACUUCCCCGUGACCGUGGUCGUGCCUUUCUGCGCACGUUACCGCGGCAACUACAGGGACGUAGCCGUGAAGAUAGUCGAUGGGGAGAGGAGGGCGAGCUACGUCACUCCUGUCACCACAGAGGGCACGUACGGAGGGCACAGGGGCUCCUUUGCUGAGGUGAGGGUGUACUCCCUGGGCCUGUUUGCAGUGGUUUCCUGUUUAAAAAAAGAAAAUUACACAGUUCCCACAAAGGGUUUGUUACUCAAGCUUCACAUGGACCAACGGAUCUGUCUGAACUACCCCCCAGGAUGCUUCACUGCACCAGUAAUGGCUCAAACCAUGAUCCAGCCGGUGGAUGCCGUUCUUCUGGCAGCCGUCAAGUCCAGAAGCGACGCUUAUCACUCGGUGGUGUCCACGAGUCCACUGCUCUGCCUCACCCAGCCCUCCUCUCAGCCCCUGAGAAGACCCCUCGCUCUCACCCUACCCUGUCCCCCAAACCCUGAAAAGAAGAGGCCCACAAGGGGUCAAGAGGAGGAGCAAGACCACCAAACUCGGCCUUUUAGCGCUUCGUCCCACAGAAGGAGAGUCCUGGGGGCCUCUGUGAAGUCUAAGAAGAUGUCCAACGAGCUGCUGAUUGUUCUGGGUUCAAGAGACCAACAGUGGAGGGUCCUGGAUCAAGUCCCAGUCCGGAACCAGCAAAACGGACUGGUGUCCUUUGAGCUGACGGAGAACUUCGACAGACUGCUGGUGGUGCGUCUCCUCUCUCCCCUGCAGCCCGGUCGUCUCGCCUCCCUGGCGGAGGAGCUAGAGGAGUCGGUCUGCUGCCACGCGGUUACCGUCGUCCUCCAGCGUCGACAAGAAGAGCCUCACGCCGCCCUGGUGGCGGCUCUGCCCAGCAGGGACCUCGGCUGGGAGAUGUCCAGACUGCGAGCCCGGGGCUACAGCGGCCUCUUGGAGGCCGCGUCCGAGAUCUCCAUGCGGGAAGGAGACCAGCUUCUCCUGCGUUUCAGCGGCAACAUCACCUCCACAGGUGCUCCAAUCGACCUCCAUGGCCUCCCACGCGAGCGGCUCACCUUCCACAACCAGCAGACGAACCGCCUCUCGGUGCGUCUCACUGAGGUGGACCCCUUCGGGAACUACAGCUCGCCCCACUACAAGGGCACGGCCGUGUUUCACAAGGUCGGCAGAGGUCAGCUGGAGUGGCGAGGCGACGGAGCGGUCCCGAUGGACGCGAAGCUUUUGGGAGACCCCGUGUGCAAGCUGUCUCUGACUUUACCGAAGAGAGUGAGAAACAUUAAUCGGCCCAUCACAGUUCGGGUGAAGUUAUGCGAGGAGACAGACCCCCUGUCGGACUCUCUUCUUCUCUGGCUGUCCGGGGAGCUUUCAGAGGAGGAAGUAGCACUUCUGGUGCUCUCCCUGCGUCUCCGGCGAAGCGCCGCUCAGCUGGUGAAGCUCCGGGCUGGGGACAGCCUGCCCAGCCAGGCCUUCCGUGUCCUGACCAUGUGGAGGAGGGGGCUGCCCGCUGCCACACACCAACCCAAGGCCUCUCAGCUGGCUCACUGCUUAGCCAAGAGCGGCAGGCCGGACCUGGCCAGAGAGCUGCUGCUGCGACAGGCUGCGCCCACCAGGCGGGGCUCACCGAAGUAGGGGAGCUUGAAAAGAGGGCUGUAAACCCCAGGCUGUCAACCAGCGGUGUCGGCCAUAUAUUCUCAGCAUUUCCUGUGAGACAUUUGAAAUAAAAGCAAUUGCUGUAAAUCACCACAUAAGAGUGAGACAUU